AUGUCGACAAACCAAUUUCGAAUAAAGAAUAAAGACCAGGAAAAUGCUUUUAGGCUGCACGGGAAGAAUGAAAACCUGCAGCUUCCAUCGAAAAGACCUGCUCUUCAGCCUAAGCUGAAUAAGAAACAGAGAGUGCCUUUGGGUGGGAAAGAUCCCAAUGGAGCUGUACCACUGUUACAAAGAUCAACAACGUCAGUGCAAAAACCGCUGCUUCGGCCAAAUAGUGCUCCUUUGUUGAAACAACCAUUUUUGACUAAAUCAAAUUCCACUUUGGGCUUUUCCCAUGCUAAUACCCCAACAAAUGCCCCAUCUAGAGGCCUUGGCCAUAGCGGUCUUACGCUGGCUCAGGUUAAGAAUGCCAAUCCUUUAAAGAAUGACCUUUUUACUGGCUCUUUGGCUCGCAGAGAAGCCGAGUUGGUGCCACAGUUGGUCUCAGACUCGCCAAGGAAGUCUGAGCCUAAGGCAUUGCCUCCACUCAAUGUCAAGUUGAGUGAUACGUUCUCAGAUGCUACUAGACGUCUUCAUUCGAGCCAUUUACCCGUGGAGACUGUGAAUCCCGAUGUAGACCCAAUUAAAGGCCUCAAGCUCAAUUCUCGGUUAAUCGAGCAGUUGGCCGAUGACGAGGAAAGCAUUGAAACUGUCCCUGAAGUCAAGCCACUCAAGGAUGAGCCUGAAGAUGCUCUCAACGAAGAUGACUUACACUUUCUCAAGACGGGCUCAAGGGUGUCUGUCAUGGAAAAUAGAAAGCUUCAAGCCGAGCUCGAACAACAACACGGCCAAUUGGGCCUUAACAAAGAGGAGCUAGAUGACUUACUCGAUUUCUGA